AUGCAUCUGGCUCGUCCAAUAAUUCGGUAUCUCUACAGUGGCCGUAUUGUGCAGCGUGCUUUGUUUGGCAGUGCUUCAUCGAACGCUAAAUUAUCUCUAAGUUACACGUGUAAAGUCUGUGGCUCAAAGCAGGUAACUCUUAUUACUAAUAUAAAUAUAAUGAAAAUAGAAAUGAAAAAUACGGUAUGGAAAAGAGGAUGA